GGAAGGGGCCCGCGGUGGCUGGGCGGUUGGGGAAGGCGUUGGCAGGAGGCACCGCGCCGCGGGUGACGCUUGUCCCUCACAGGUGGAGGUGGAGGUGUGGCCGUGGCGGUUACGAGGCCUGAGCGACUUGAAGAAUGGAUUUCUUAUGGUUUUACAAAUUUAUGGGUCUUCUCUGGAAGAAUUUUAUUUUAAAGAGACGGCGAUUAGUGGCGUUAUUUGUGGAAUUCAUCCUAACAGUGCUAUUUGCUAGUACACUUUUGUUAACACGCAAGUUUUUGAUUAUAAAGAAGUCUGGGCCUUUCAAUUACUCUCUUCAGCCUGUUGAUGAGUUGCCUGCAUUCCUUGGAAUGGCCGUCACUUCUGGUCAUUGGGAACUGGCUUUCGUGCCUUCCAAAAGUGUUGUGGUAAAGGGCAUCAUUGAACUCGUGAAAAGGGAUUUGCAUUAUAAUUUCUCAGUUCAAGGCUUUUCUUCAGAAAGAGAUUUUGAAGAGUAUGUUAAGCAAGAGAGUAACUCUAAAAAAGUGUUGGUUGCUAUUAUUUUUGACCAUGAGUUCCAAAAUAGCAAUGAUCCCCUGCCAUUUAAGGUAAAAUAUUUUCUGCGUUUCAGUAGUUUUCAGAGGAACAAGUAUGUGGGUUUUCUCCGAACUGAAGGCUGGGAAACAGGUGUUCUCUUUCCACCUUUUCCUUCUUUGGGACCCAGAAGUGAACGCAACUCAAAUGGGGGGCCUCCUGGGUACAUCACUGAAGGGUUCCUGGUUAUACAGCAUGCCUUGGAUCAGGCCAUCAUGAAAUAUUUUAACCACACAGCUACACAAAAGCUAUUCCAAGAUGUCACUGUCUUUGUUCAGAGAUUUCCAUAUCCAGAAUAUUCUCGUGAUUACUUCUUCACCUUUUUUGGUAUUUUCAUUCCUUUAGUAAUCUUAUUUAUCUUCUCUAUGAACCAUCUUACCCUCAUUCAGUCUAUUAUGUGGGAAAAGGAAAAGCGAUUGAAGGAGUAUCUGCUCAUGAUAGGACUCAGUAAUUGGAUGUUCUGGGGUGCCUAUUUCUUCACAUUCCUCUCUUUGUAUUCAGUUAUCAUCCUUUUGAUGUGCAUGAUUUUCUUUGCCAAGAUAGAACCUGUGCCAGUCAUCCAGUACAGUGACCCAUCUCUUGUCUUCGUCUUUUUGCUGUGUUUUGCCAUUGCCACAAUAUUCUUCAGCUUUAUGGUUAGCACGUUCUUCGAUAAAGCACAUUUUGCUGUUUCUGUUGGAGGUUUCAUUUAUUUUGCUACCUACUUUCCACUUGUUACAGUCUCUACAAACUUUGCACAAAUGACAUUCUCCCAGAAGCUGGCUUCCUGUCUCAGCUCAAAUAUAGCAAUGGGGCUGGGAACUAAAUUCCUAGUCAAGGCAGAAAUGGAGAAAAUUGGAAUUAAAUGGAGUAACAUCUUCUCACCACCCAAAAUGGAGAACUUUGACUUUGCCCACAUACUGGGAAUGUUUUUAUUUGAUGCUUUCUUAUAUGGCCUUGUGGCCUGGUAUAUAGAAGCUGUCUUUCCAGGGGAGUAUGGUGUGCCCAAGCCGUGGAACUUUUUCUUGCUGCGCUCUCACUGGUUUGGGGAAACACCUGAGGGGAAAAAGGAAACAAGGCAAUUUUAUGAAACAAAUGAAAGCAAGUAUUUUGAAGCAGAGCCUACUAAUUUGGUGGCAGGUAUCCAAAUCAAACAUUUGUGCAAGGAAUUCCGAGUGCCAAAUACUACCAAGAUAGCUGUAAAAGACUUGUCUUUGAAUUUAUAUGUGGGGCAGAUCACUGUUCUUCUAGGACCCAAUGGGGCAGGAAAAUCCACUACUCUAUCUAUUCUCUCAGGUCUCUAUCCUGCUACCAGUGGUGAGGCCUAUAUUAAUGGAUAUGACAUCUCACAGCAGAUGGUCCAGAUCAGGAAAAGCUUGGGCUUGUGUCCCCAACAAAAUUUGUUGUUUAAUUACUUGACCGUGUCAGAACACCUUUAUUUCUAUUGUGUGGUAAAAGGAGUACCUCAAAAGACACGUCUUAUGGAAACUGAUCAUAUGCUGGCUGCUUUUAACCUGCUAGAUAAGCGUAAUGAAUUUUCAUGUUCACUGAGUGGAGGAAUGAAGCGCAGACUCUCCAUGAUCAUAGCACUUAUAGGGGGCUCCAAGGUGGUGAUACUUGAUGAACCAACAUCUGGCAUGGACCCAGCCUCAAGGAGGGCCACCUGGGAUGUCCUUCAGCAGUAUAAACAGGAUCGUACCAUCUUAUUGACCACCCACUACAUGGAUGAAGCUGACUUCCUGGGUGACCGCAUAGCCAUCAUGGUCAACGGAUCCCUGCGGUGCUGUGGCUCUUCAGUUUUCCUGAAAAAAAUAUAUGGUGUGGGAUACCACAUUGUCAUGGUGAAGGAAGCUCACUGUAAUGUUGAAGAAAUCUGCAAAUUGCUUCAGUAUCAUAUACCAACAGCCACUUUGGAGAAGAAUGUUAAUAAUGAAGUAUCUUUUAUUCUACCCAAAGAGUACACACACAGCUUUGAAGCUCUAUUUACUGCUCUGGAAAAGAGACGAUACGAGUUAGGGAUUGCUAGCUUCGGUGCCUCUAUUACUACCAUGGAAGAAGUCUUUUUUAGAGUCAGUAAUCUGGAAGAUUCACAAACAGAUAUCCAAGCUAUCCAAACUCCACCUCCCGCUGUGAUGAAUGAAGUAUCAGUUAAGAACCAGAAUAGGAAUAUGUCAAGCAAUUGUUCUACCAUGAACGAAAGCCCUGCUAUUAUGUUUAAUACUGGGUAUUCCCUCUAUCAUCAGCAGUUCUGUGCCUUGUUCAUAAAGAGGGCGAUGUUCAGUUGGCGGAAUUGGAAACUGAUUUUGCUACAGAUACUGGCACUUCUAGUUUCCUUUACUUUUCUCUCAGAGGCUAAUAAGUUUUUACAUACUAAAGAUGAAAAGGCCAGACAAAUGGAUUUGGAUCAAUAUGGUCAAACAAUUGUGCCUUUAUCUAUUUCUGGGAAUUCUAAUUUGACCCUGAUUUUCCUAAAACAUCUUAGGAGUAUGCUAGAGUCUCACAAACACACACUGAAGGAAGUGCAAGGUGACCUACUGAAAUACUUAAUGGAAAAUGAAGAUUGUAUUCACUUAUGCAUUGUUGCCUUUUCUAUUGAGGUGAAGACAAAUAGAAUAAUUCUUACUGGUCUUUUCAAUGAUCAAGCCUAUCAUUCACCAUCUCUGACCCUGGCAAUAUUAGACAACAUUCUUCUCAGGACAAUUGCUGGCUCUAAUGCUUCCAUAACAGUCUUCAAUAAACCUCAGCCACACUCUAAGUAUAAAAAACAAAGUGGAACAUUAUCGGAUGGAUUCCAGGUGGCCUUAUAUAUACAUUUUGGCAUGGCUUUUUUAAUCAGUGGUUUUUGUCUCCUGACGGUGACUGAACGAGUCACUAAAGCAAAGCACAUCCAAUUUCUGAGUGGAGUUUUUGUCCCUGUGUACUGGCUUUCUGCUCUACUGUGGGAUUUCAUCAUCUUCUUCAUUACCUGCUGCUUACUACUCGGAGCAUUCAAAUUCUGCCAGUUGGAUAUUUACAUCACAGAUUACCAUUUUCUGGACACAAUGCUGAUCUUCGUGCUAUAUGGCUGGUCUGCCAUUCCCCUCAUGUACCUGCUGAGCUUCUUGUUUACUAGAAGUACUUCUGCCUACAUCAAACUUGUCCUAUUCAACUACCUUUCAGGCAUUUUCAGUCUCCUCAUAGAUGCCACACUUCAAUUCGAAGUUCAACAUAAGAUGUCAAAAACCACCAGAGCCUUCAUACUUAACUCAUUACUGUUCUUUCCCAAUUACAACCUUGCAAAGUGUAUCAGUGACUAUUUUACUUUCUACCAGAUAAAGAAAUGGUGCUCUGGAAAUAAGCCUCCUAUCUACCUAAAUUGUAGUAAAGAAAAUACUGCAAAGAAUGUUUAUUCUUUGGAAGAGAAAAUGAUUGGAAAGUACAUGAUUAUAAUGAGUAUCACAGGCUUUAUUUGCCUUCUCUUCAUUUUCUUUUUGGACACUACUUUGUGGAAGCUAAGAACAUUUUUCAAUCAAUAUAUUUACUUUGGUGUCUAUAAGACACUCAAGAAGGGGAAAGUGUCAAAAGAACUAUCUGGAGAAUCUGAUGAUGAAGAUGUACAAAAUGAAAGACAGAGAAUCCUGGGGCAGCCUCAGGGGUUGCUGGACUCCACAGUGCUUAUUAAGGAACUCACAAAGAUAUAUUUUAAGUAUCCAGUCAUUCUAGCUGUGAAAAAUAUAUCUGUUACAAUCCAAAGGGGGGAGUGCUUUGGAUUGCUUGGAUUCAAUGGAGCUGGAAAAACUACUACCUUCAAAAUUUUGACUGGAGAAGAAACUGUUACCUCUGGGGAUGUGUUCAUUGAGCACUUUAGCAUCACUAAAAGUCUCCAAAAGGUGAAGUCAAGAGUUGGCUAUUGUCCUCAAUCUGAUGCAUUGCUGGAAUACAUGACUGGUCGGGAAAUAAUGAUCAUGUGUGCCAGAUUAUGGGGAGUCUCUGAGCCCCAAAUUCAGCUGUAUGUGAAUAGAUGGUUGAGUUCAGUGCAACUGGAACCCCAUGCUGACAAGCUUAUCAGAACCUACAGUGGAGGAACCAAACGUAGGCUGAGUACUGCUAUUGCCCUAAUGGGAAAGACCUCACUCAUUUUGCUGGACGAGCCAUCAACUGGCAUGGACCCUGUAGCCCGACACCUUCUCUGGGAUGCUGUGACAUGGACACGUGAAAGUGGCAAAGCCAUCAUUAUAACUUCCCAUAGAAUGGAGGAAUGUGAUGCCUUCUGUACCAGGCUGGCCAUCAUGGUGCAGGGAAAGUUCCUGUGCCUGGGUAGCCCUCAGCACCUCAAAAACAAGUUUGGCAACAUUUACAUCCUGAAGGUCAAGGUUAAGAUCGAUGCACAGGAGGAUAAACUGGAUCGUUUAAAGUAUUUCAUCACACUGACAUUCCCAGGUAGUGUGUUAAAGCAGGAGAAUCAAGGGAUCCUUACCUACUACAUUCCCAGCAAGGACAACACCUGGGGAAAGGUGUUUGGUAUUUUGGAAGAUGCUAAAGAGCAAUUCAAUUUAGAAGACUAUUCCAUCAGUCAGAUAACGCUGGAACAAAUCUUCCUGGCCUUUGCUAACCCAGAGAACACAGAAGAGAGAAAGAAGAAGAAAUGAAGUGGAGAGGGAGACAGAGAGCUCUUCCUCAGAUCUUGUCUGGGCACAUGGAGUACACCAUAAGCCACAUGAGAAAUCUAAUCACUCUCAAGAUUCAUGGGCAGAUGAGCAGACAAGUAGGGAUGACUGUUGUCCACUUGCAAGACAGAAAGCGUCCAUGAAGCUACUCUAUUUUGAGAUGGUUUGUUCAAGGUUUUUAUAGCCUCAGUUGGGUUUUGUGAGUAAUAAAAUGAU